AUGAUUAUCACUGUAUGGAAUGUGAGGGGUUUGAAUGACCCCUCUAAAGUAGCUGAUGUUAGGCAGCUGUUGAACAGGACUAAAAGUAAUCUGAUAUGUUUGCUUGAGACUAAAGUUAAACAACAUAAGAGUACAGGAUUGCAAAGGAAAAUUGGGUAUGGUUUAAAUUGGUUUUAUGUUACCUUUGUGCAUGGGCUUCAUAGCAUACAGGACAUGAAGGGUCUUUGGUCUAGUAUUGAGGCUAUUGGUCCUGCUGUUUUGCCUUGGCUAUGCACAGGCGAUUUCAACUCGGUUUUGCAACAUCAAGACAGGAUCAAUGGCAAUGAUGUGACUGAUUAUGAAAUCAGGGAUUUCAGGAAUUUUGUGGAUUCUAUGAACUUUGUUGAGAUAAAAAGUAAAGGGUCCUACUAUUCUUGGUCUAAUAAGGCUCAUGUUGGACCCCGUACUCUCACUAGAAUGGAUAGAGGAUUGGUGAACUUUGAAUGGUUACUUCAUUAUCCUACUGUUGAGGCUCACUAUCUGGCUCCUUCCCUCUCUGGUCACUCUCCUCUUAUGUAUGAAGUGUGUCCUGCUCCUCCUAGUAAAGGAAGGCCUUUUAGAUUUUUUAACUGCCUCAUUUCUCACCCUGAUUUCUUAGGGUUGGUUCAGGAAAGUUGGAGUGGUGGAGUCCCUGGUAAUGCUAUGUCCAGGGUUUGGAACAAGCUCAGAAACUUGAAGACUCAGUUGAAAACGCUUAAUAAGCAUUCUUUCAAUAAUGUUGACCAGAGAGUUUGUGAUGCGCAGUUGGCUUUGCUUGAUGUUCAGGAUCAAAUGGUCCUUAAUCCUAGCAAUUCUGUUUUAAUGGAACAAGAGACUGAUGCUAUUGAGAGCCUCAAAUACUGGAGGUCAGUGCAGGAAAGUGUGUAUAGACAGAAAUCCAGGAUUGAGUGGGUGGCUCUUGGUGACUCUAACACCAAGUAUUUUUUUUUCUAUGAUGAAACACAGUUGAUGGGUUCCACUUCUCAUACUCUGAAUGCUGUUGAUCUUGUGACUAUGAGGGCUAGCAAAUGCCUUUCUAUUGAUGCUCAGGUCUUUCUGUCCUCUCCUAUUACUAAUGCUGAGAUUGAUUGUGCUAUUCAGGGUAUAGGUGAUGACAAAGCCCCUGGAAUAGAUGGGUUUAAUGCUAAAUUUUUCAAGUACACAUGGGACAUAAUCAAGCUUGAUAUUUAUGAGGCAGUUCACGAUUUUUUUGAUACUGGCACUAUGAAUACUCAGUGGAACUGUACUAUUGUGACUCUUGUCCCUAAGGUUCAAAAUCCUACUUUUGUUAAGGAUUUUAGACCUAUUGCUUGCUGCACCGUGUUGUAUAAAAUUAUUUCUAAGAUUUUGACUGCUAGGCUUGCCAGAUUGGUUGGAGAGGUUAUUGAUGAAGCUCAAGCUGGUUUCAUCCCUGGGAAGCAUAUUGGUGAUAAUAUUUUGCUUGCUACUGAGUUAAUUAAGGGUUAUAGUCAUAAAUUUAUUUCCCCUAGAUGCAUGAUUAAGGUGGACUUGAAAAAGGCUUAUGACUCUAUUGAAUGGGGUUUUUUAAGGGCUGAUGAGCAUUCUUUCCAACUCUUGUUUAAUGCUUUUAAGAAGUUUUCCUUUGCUUCUGGCUUGGUUGCUAACCUCAGCAAAAGUGAAGUUUACUUUGGUGGUAUUCAAGCUACUGAACAGAAUGCCCUGUUAUCUGUGCUGGGUAUGGUGGCUGGUUCUCUUCCUUUUAGAUAUUUCGGGGUUCCUUUAUCCUCAAAGAAACUCACCAUUCAGCAGUGUAAGCCCCUUGUCCAAAGGAUCACUUCCAGAAUUGAGAUUUGGAUUUUUGUAUUGCCUAAAAAGAUCUUGAGGGAGAUUGAAAGCAGGUUCAAAGCUUUUUUAUGGACUGGGGUUUCUAAUCCUUCCAGAAGAGCUUUAGUUGCCUGGAGCACUGUGUGUUUGCCAAGAUCUUGUGGUGGCUGGAAUGUUAUUGCUCUCCAUGACUGGAAUAUCUCUGCAGUUUGUAAAGUUUUAUGGGACAUUGCUCAUAAAUCUGACUCCCUUUGGGUCAGAUGGGUUCACACCUAUUAUUUCAAACAGCAUGACUUUUGGUCUUCUUGUGUCCCUAAUAAAUGUUCCUGGAAUUUAAAGAAAAUCAUGAAGUGUAGGAGCACUAUUGAUAAUAUUAGAGGUUGGGAUUCUCUCUUGAAGAACAAUAAAGUUCAAAUUAAAAAAAUUUAUAAUAAAAUCAGGAAACAAGAGGAGAAGGUUCCCUGGAGAAGGGUAAUCUGUAAUAGUAAUGCUUCUCCUAGGAGUGUUUUUAUUCUGUGGCUUGCUAAUUGGAACAGGCUUUUAACUAAGGAUAGAGUGCUCAAAUGGAACCCUUCCUGUGACCCCAUUUGUUUACUCUGCCUUCAUGAGCCUGAGAGUAUUCAGAAACCUGUUCAGGGGUUUACUCAAGAGGUUCAAUGGGCUGCUAAAUAUUGCAGAAAGUCCACUUCAAAGGGCAGGCUACAUCUCAUGUUUCUUGCUGAAGCUGUGUGGAUGCUGCUGCUUUGUUUUAGCUGCUGCUCUGCCUGUCUGGUUGUUAAGGCCAGAGCUGGUUUUGCUGCUGAAUCUGUGCUGACCUGUUGCUGUUGUCCUAGCCGGUUGCUGUCAGGUUUGCUGUUUUCGUGUUGUGGUGCUGGGUUUGGCUAUUUAUGGUUGCAGUCAUGGCUAGUUGCUGCUAUUAUGUUGAGUCUGCUGUUUUUUGGUGCUUAUUUGGUGUUUUCAACUUAUCUUUUGAGGUGGUAUGUUGUAAGAGAAAUUUCCCACGAACAACAAACUAAGAGUAGUAAAACAAUUGAUACAGCCUACCGGAAGGCUAUUGAACCAAUCCUGCGCCACACCCUUCAAAGUGGCCGAGAAGCAUUUGCACCAGGUAGCAUCAUCUACACUUUGUUAGUACAUCAGGUUUCUGUACGAGGUGAUAUGUUCCUCGGGGUUGCCCGUGCCAUCAUAGGCUCCCACGAGUACACUUUUCACCUUCGAUGGCUGAGGAGCAGUUAA